AUGGCCGCGCUUGCGUCCCUCGAGGGCCUGCCUGACGAUGCGCUCGCGCACGUCUUUGAGCUGCUUGUGGAUGUGGAUCUCGUGCGCUUACGCCAAGUGUCCAGGCGGAUGAACGCGCGGGUCAUGUCUCUCGGUAUCCCGCUGCACCUCACGCACCACUCGGUCGCACACACGACGCUGAGCCCCGUGUCAAGCGCGUGGCCGUCCGACAAGCUGUUCGCGCACAACAGCAAGCUUGAACGCGCACUCACCCGGCACGACUUGUACGCCAUCCAGAUUGGCCCAACGUGGCGUGACCGCGCCAUCCCAGCCAUGCAGCUCACGCCCGACCGCCUGAUCUUGGGUGUGGGCACGAGUCUGGUCGUCCACCCCCUCCUCCACCCUGGACGGCGGUUCGCGGGCAAGACGGUUGGCGGAGCCAAGGAAUACCGGAUCUCGACGGGCGGGUCCGAGGCAGACGUGGUGGGCGUGCAUGAGCUGCCUGGAGGAAGCGUUGCCGUCGCGCAGUUUGACGGCACGCUGCAGCGUCUCGAGCUGUCCCCGGCCAAAGGCGACCACACGAUGAAAAGCACGGCACACUACGUCCACCCGAAGGGCUCCAACAUUCAUGUCCUCGCUGGAUGUGGCGACAUGCUCCUCACCGCGUCGUCGGGCGGGUCGCGCGCGAGCUCCCCUUCCUCCAUGACGCUGCCGGGCAACGCGCGUCCAGCGGGCACCGUCCGUCUCUGGCGCGCGUCGAGUCCAUGGCUGCCGCCCACGCAACUCCAACUGCCAACACCGCGCGCCUGGUCCGCGCUUCUGACCGACUCGCGGGCGUUCUUGGGCCUCAACGGCGGCAUCCACGUACACGCACUCGCGCCAUCCGGGAUGCAGCGCACGGCCGUCCUGCACGGCGUGCAGCCCCAGCAUUCGGCAGCGUACGGCCUCGUCCAGCCGCCCUUCAAGAGCUCGGUCGGCAGCAGCGACCACACCCUCCUGAGCGCGUGGCACGACGGCGUCGCGCGCCUGCACGACCUGCGCACGGGCUCGGCACCCGUCCUGGAACUGUCCGACCCGUGGUCCGAUGCUGGGCUGUACAGCUGCGCCUUUGUCGGCGCACACGGCGUCGCGGCCGGCGGCGCACAGCACGGCCAAGUGAGCGUGUGGGACGUGCGCAGCCCCCGGUCCUCGGGCUGGUCGCUCUUCUCCCCCGGCGGCCGGGGCAGUCCCGUGUACGCGCUUGCCGGCGAGGGCGGGCGCGUGUGGGGUGUCACUGAGAAACGGGCGUUUGUGCUCGCCUUUGACGGCAGUGGCGAUGUCCCCGGCGGACUGGCGACACCGGCGGCGCGCGCUCCGCCGCCUGUCAAAGGCGCCAAGGACGUGCCGUCUGGCUGGAAGCGGCGCGGCGGCAGGAUGAACUGGACGGUGCACUUUGGGGAACAUGCGGCCAAGGAGGUGACGAUGGGUUACAGGCAUGGGGACCGGGGUAUGGCGCUCUUUGAGAGCAGGGUGCCGGCCUAG